UAUUACUGAAAGUGACGAAUUCAACCCACUUUCUUCAGGAAGCAGUAGAAGCAGAGACAUUCCUUCGUAAAAGUGUGCACAAGAAAAAAAAACGUCUUCGAGUGAAAGGAACCACCUCCGGUCAGCGCCGCCAGUAGAAGUGGCCUUUGGCUGAAAAGAGGGCUGUGUGAACUAUCCGCGUUUCGUACUAAUUUCGGAGUGACUGGCUUAGAGUGUGUAUAGUUUGACCGGUCGAAGGUAUUUGGUACGCUUCAACGCGUAAGCUGGCAGUUGGCACAUACUUGCCUACAACAACACGGAAUACGCCUGAGAACUACGACGGUUGACGAGGCGGUUGCGGAAAGCGAUACGGAUUUGGAUUAGGCGGACUCGCACCCAAGACAUCCGCCAAAAUUCCGCACCACGAUGGAACGGGGGCUUCAUGAUCGGGACCGGGUGGGACUGCAGGAUCAGGUCCUACUCGAGAACUACCAGAGCGAGGAUGCCUUCAUCGAUAACCUGAAGAAGCGAUUCCAGGAGAAUCUGAUUUAUACCUACAUCGGACACGUGCUGAUAUCCGUUAACCCGUACAAAGAGCUUCCCAUCUACACCGAGCAGGAUGUCAAGGAGUACCGGAAGCGACACUUUUUCGAGGCACCGCCACAUGUGUUCGCCUUGAGCGACAACGCGUACCGUUCGCUGACCGAGGAAAACCGCGGCCAAUGCAUUCUGAUCUCGGGCGAGAGCGGUUCGGGCAAAACGGAAGCCUCGAAGAAGGUUCUGCAGUUCAUUGCCGCGGCCACGGGGCACACGACCAGCGUCGAGGGCGUCAAGGACAAACUGCUGCAGAGCAAUCCGGUGUUGGAAGCGUUCGGGAAUGCCAAAACGAACAGGAACGACAACUCUUCGCGCUUCGGCAAGUACAUGGACGUGCAGUUCGAUUUCCGGGGUGCACCGGAGGGGGGAAAUAUUUUGAACUACUUGCUGGAGAAGAGUAGGGUGGUGCACCAGAGUAUGGGCGAGAGGAACUUCCACAUUUUCUAUCAGUUGCUUGCUGGGGCUGAGGAUGGUUUGCUGCAGGAGUUGCAUUUGAAGCGGAAGCUGGAUACCUAUUACUACCUGACGGAUGGGGAUAGCAGCAACGGUUCGUCUAUCAGAGAUGCGGACAACUUCCGACAGGUGCAGACGGCCAUGUCGGUAAUCGAGAUCCCCACGGACGAGCAGAAGCUGAUCCUGGAGAUUGUGGCCAGUGUGCUGCACAUGGGCAAUGUGGGUUUUACUGAGGAGGAAGGAAAGGCCAAAAUCCUGAAGCCGGAAUCCGUGACGGCGAUAGCGAAGCUCCUGGGAUGCGAGGAAGACCAGCUACGCAACGCCUUCACCCACCGGACGAUCGAAGCCCGAGGUGACAUAGUUACCAGCCCUCUUAACCGUGACAUGGCCAUUUACGCACGGGACGCCCUCGCCAAGGCGGUCUACGAUCGACUGUUCACCUGGUUAGUUUCGCGCAUCAAUACUUCACUACACGCGGAUCACAUUCCCAAGAAGAACAGCGUCAUGGGUAUCUUGGACAUCUAUGGGUUCGAGAUAUUCAAGAAGAACAGUUUCGAGCAGUUCUGUAUCAACUUCUGCAAUGAGAAACUUCAGCAGUUGUUUAUAGAGCUGACAUUGAAGUCAGAACAGGAGGAAUAUCUGAGGGAGGGUAUCGAGUGGGAACCGGUUGAGUACUUUGAUAACAAGGUUAUUUGUAAUUUGAUCGAGGAAAAGCACAAAGGUAUCAUUGCCCUGAUGGACGAGGAAUGCCUGCGUCCGGGAGAUCCCACGGAUCUGAGCUUCCUCAGGAAGAUGAACGACAACUUGGGGGAUCAUGCUCACUAUAUUUGCCACAGCAGAGCUUCAACAACCGUCCAGAAGACCUUAGGUCGCGACGAAUUUAGACUAGUGCACUAUGCAGGAGAUGUGACGUACAACGUUCACGGGUUCCUGGACAAGAACAACGAUUUAUUGUUCAGAGAUUUGAAGGAGACCAUGUCCGAAUGCAACAACGGGAUUAUCAAGGCUUGCUUCCCCUUGGCAGACAUCACGAGCAAGAGACGUCCGGAAACAGCUGUGACUCAGUUCAAGAACUCUUUGAACAACCUCAUGGACAUCUUGAUGUGCAAGGAACCGUCCUACAUUCGGUGUAUCAAACCAAAUGACCUGCAGGCAUCGGGCAACUUCGAUUACGAACUGGUUCGUCAUCAGGUCAAAUACCUUGGUCUGAUGGAGAACCUUCGUGUUCGCCGUGCUGGUUUCGCUUACCGCCGGACGUACGAGAUGUUCCUUCAGCGCUACAAGUGCCUUAGCAGGCAAACUUGGCCACACUACCACGGUCCAGCUAAAGAAGGCGUCCAGAUAUUGGCUUGCGAACUGGGCUUCGAACGCGACGAAUACCGAAUGGGCAAGACUAAGAUCUUUAUCCGCUUCCCCAAGACCCUAUUCGAGACUGAAGAUGCAUUCCAAAUGAAGAAACACUACCUGGCAUCGAUCAUCCAAGCGCGCUGGAAGGGCCGACGCCAGCGUAAGAUCUACCUGGAAACCUACGCCAAGAUCAUCACCUGUCAGAAAUACAUCCGGCGGUAUCUGGCCAUCCAGGAGCGGAAACGACGUCGCGCAGCUGCCGACAAGAUCCGAUUCUUCAUCAAGGGUUUCAUCACCCGGCACGACGCACCCAACGAGUGCAACAAAUCCUUCAUCGAGCACACCAAGCGCCACUGGCUGAACAAACUGUCCAAGAGUCUUCCGAAGAGCUUCAUGAACCACACCUGGAUCCCCGCUCCGAUGCACUGCCAAGAGGCGUCCAUAAUCCUGCGAAGAAUGCACAAACUGCACCUCGCCCGUCAGUACCGUUUGGCCCUUCCGCCGGAGAAGAAGAAGCAGUUCGAGCUUAAGGUUUUGUCCGAAGCCGUGUUUAAGGGCAAGAAGAAGAACUACCCUGAGAGCGUUGGCCCAUGGUUCAUGGACGACCGGAUUUCCAAGCAGCAUGCGACUCCAAUCAGUAACUUUGUGGUAACGCAAAUGAACAGCGAGAAGUUGCACUACUCCACCCCGGUGAUCAAGUACGAUCGGCGCGGGUACAAACCGCGCGAGCGGUUCUUCCUCCUAACGGACAAGGCCGUCUACCUGCUCGAUGGCAAGACGUACAAACAGAAGCAUCGCCUCCCGCUGGACAAGGUCGACUUCUGCAUCACCAGCGAGCGGGACGGCAUCAUGCUGAUCCGGAUUCCGCUCGAGCUGAAGAAGGACAAAGGCGACCUGAUACUGGACGUGCCGGACAUCAUCGAGUGCUGCAUCUGGAUACUGCACGCGACCGGCAACCGGAACAUUGUCAACAUCGUCGAGACGGGAUCGCUAUCGCACAAUCUAGUCAGAGGCAAAACUGGUAUGAUUGAGAUUAUCACCGGACCACAGCCCAGUAUUACCAGAGCCAAGAGCGGAAACCUGUUGGUUAUUGCCGGUCAAUAAUCACGCCACAAAAACACAUCUAGAGGAGCAAGUCGUACUUCAUCAACCGAGCCGGGCAGCGGAAGAAGAGUCGUUUAUGAGGGCAGCACAGCUGACACUUUUUUUUACUACAAAUAACUACCGAACACACAACUCUAUAAACGCAUUGUACUUAGGCAUUUUUAAGCAAAUUUUAAUCCGUGGCCGUCUUUACGUAGGGUACCAGAAAUAAACCGGAAUUCUACGAAAAUGUGAAGCUCAACAUCUUUUGGAGAGUCAUUGCGAAGCAUCUUCCCUGGAAAACUGUUACAAAUGUUAAUUUUGAGAAAAUUGUGGACUAAAACGUGCAAGAUGAUGUGCCUUUUCAAAUGGAAGAAAAAUUUAGGCUGUUGAAAAGAUAAUACAAAAAGAAACUGUUACAAUAAAGAUUGUUAGGAACGUGCUCUUCAAACACACACAAUAAAAUUUAAACCGGUUUAGAUAUCUAGCAUUUUUAUUCGUUUAGCUACAAGUGCCAUUAGGUGGUAGAUACGGGAUCGUAGGAUCACAAUGAUACGUGUUUUUUUUUGUCUUCUCUAAAUUAUUUACUUUCCAAGCCAACAACAACAACAACGUUAGUGUUAAGUUUUAUUUUAUACAUAACCUUGAAACAAACAUACAAGUAAAUACCCCCCUCUAUGUUAUACUUCGGUAGCAGCACCAGCAAACGCGCGUUCAACUGAACAACUCUAGCCGAUAGGUUUUAAUAAUAUACUUUCAGUAAUGUAGACAGACCCCCGUUUCCAUUUUACACAAUGCCGAAAAUAAAUACAAAAGUUUCAAAUCUUAUCCCUCUA